AUGGAUUUAUUAUUUAAAUUGAAUUAAAAAAUGCUAGCCUCAAUGAAUAAUACAAGUUCUUCAUUACGGGGAGGUGGUUGUGGAACUUUUAGAAUGAUUCCAAGAACACAAGCAAACUUAAAGUCAGAUAUUAAAGGUAUAGAAAAUUUCAUGACCAAAUUUGAUUCUUUUGUUGAAAUUAUUUGUGUUAAAGCUGCUGUUAUUAAUUAGUUUGAAUCUUAAGAAAUAAUGUUAGCCAUUCAAUGGUUUAUAUUUUAAGAGGAAAACAUCUACCAACUCAACAAAAAUGCCUAAUAUAUGAGAAAAUCAUACAACUUAAUUGUAGAGGGAAUCCGAAAAUUACUGAAAAGCUGUUUGAUAUAUAUUAGAACAGACUAGUUUAAAUGUUUGCAUAUCUUAUAAAUUACAGCAUCUCUAUCUAAAGUCAUAUUUAGUUUCCAUGUAAUGAACAGGGAUAGAAUAAUGAAAAUUGAUUUAUAAAAAGAAUUUCUGGAUAUUUCGGAUGAUUUAAAAUAAUUAAUGGAAAUAGAGAAGAAUGAUUUGAUUUAAAUUUAGCUGGAAUUUUUUCUUUUCUUAACAAAAACUUCUUUUGAGAUAGCUCCAAAUAACAGUAAAGAAAGGAAAGAUAUUGUAAAAGGAUUUGUAAGUGGUAUAUUUGGCUCUUUAGUUCAAAUGAAACCUAAUGCUGAAUUACUUGAAUCCUUAUUUUAGGCAGCCUGCUAAAUUCACAACAUGUAAAAAAUAAAAAAAAAUAGAAAAUAAUAUGAAGUGUAUUUUUAAAUAGAUAUGUUAUAAUGGGAGAUCAUACAUAAUUUAAAAAAUGACAGCUCAUAGAAUUUGGAAGAAAUAAUCUUACAAAUUGAGAAAACACAUGAAAAACUUGUGAAAAAUUCAAAUAAUUGGAAAAAUCAUUUUUUGUGGAUUUAAAUGAUUGGAAAAAUCUUAAUUUAUCAUCCUCUUAUAACAAAAGAAAAAUUAAAAUAGUUGACUAGCUCUUUCAAUCUUGAAGCCAAAUCAAUGUAAAUAUGGAAGGAAUAUCUAAACAAAGGGUUUCUAAUUUAAAUAAAUCAUUGCAAUGACUAAGCUUUAAUUUUACUUAAUUAAUUUAAAAAUAAAGAAUUAACUUAAAUAGAUAAAUUAAUACUAGAAGACACUUUCAAAGAAUGGGAAAACUUGAUGGUACUUAAAGACUUCUUACUGAAUAAAAAAAAUGAAAAAAUCCAUUUUACAUUUGGCUCAUAUCUAAAAUUUAAAUUAGGAAGCAUAAACCCCAACAAAGAUUAAAAUACUUCAGCAAUUUGCAAGAUUUAACAAUUUUUUGAUUUUAUCAUAUCAAAUAAAUUACUAGCUUUAAUUCAAGAUAAUGAUGAGAAAUUUGGAGUCAUAAUUAAAAAUUAUAAGAAUUUUACCGAAAAAAAUAAGUAUUUUAAUGUUGCAAUAGAAUAAGCCACAUAUAAUUCAUAAUUAAAAAAAAUGGUUUUCAGCUUCAAAGAAUAUUUCUAAAACACUCUAAAAAUCAUUAAAAUUAUUAGGCUUAGUUAAAGGAAAUAAUAUUGUGAGAUAGAAUAACUUGAAUAGAAAAAAAUUAAUGAAUAAAAUUUGUUUUAAUAACUUAAAUAUAUUAUGAGACUAUUAGAAUAAAUUUUAUAAUAAGCAAUUUAAGAUAAUAGAAAUGAACCUGAUGAAAGCAUAACGCUUUAGUAAGAGAUAGAAAAGAUUUAGAAGAAAUUAUCAAAUUUAAAUCUAUCAGAUAAAUAAUUCUCAGUUGUGAAUAAGUUAAAGUAGAAGCUUCUUGCCUUACCUAGUGCAACUCUUAAUAAGAGAAGUUUUUUGAAAGAAGCUCAAUGCAUGUUAAAACUUAUUCAAAAAACUGAAAGAAAUGUCUCAGAGCUAGAAGUGUUGUUAAUUAAAAAAGAGAACUUAAUUCAAUACUUUCAAAGUUUAUUGAAUAACCUAAAUUUUUAUUAUGAACACCAGAUCUAAGAACUUCAUAAACACUUUAAUGAAUUGAUUGAAAGUUUUAAGACAAUUCAAAUUUUACAAUAUGAAAUAGAGUCUGUGUCUUAACCUGAAAAAUUAAAAGAAAUUAAAUCACAAUAUUCUUACAAGCUUUCAUUUUAAUGUAUACAAAAACAAAGAUUGAACAUGUAAAAGCUUAAAUUGCAAUUAAUUGCUUUCAAAGAAUGUUUCUAAAAUACAUUAACAAUAGCAUCAGAAGAGUAUUAAAAGUAGCAAUAUAUUAUCAAAAUCGAUGAGUUUCUACUUGAUGUACUUAUGAAUUAUCCAAAAAAAUCAAUUCGCUGUGACUGUUCUAUUUAAGAAUAAACUACUGCCGAAUUAACUAUCUUGUAAAUUACUGAACAAGACUAUUAAAAUAAUUUAUCAACAUAAAAAGGAAUUUUAGAAUAUCUUAUAUUUAAAUUAAGUUUAGAAGAAUAAAUGAUUGAUUUAGAAAGAAAAGAUUUGGAGUUAGUUGAAAAGGACUUUGGAGAAUUAUUAAUUGAUAAAACUAGCUCCUAAUUGCUCAAAGUCAGAAUUUUGAAUUUACUUGAUAAUGUAUAGAUAGAUGAAUCACUUAAGAAUGUGAAUGAUGAAAAAUUUAACAUAUCAUAGUUAAAUAUUGAAUUAGAAAAAUAUAAGAAACUGAUAUAAUAAUUACAAUAAUUGAACAUUAAUAAAAAAAUUAUUAAUGUAGAGGAUUUUAGAUAAUUAAUGAAUCAUAUUGAAAUCCUUGUUAAAAUAUUGGAAAAUUCCUAAAACCAAUAAUUAGAAAUUUUUAAAAUACUCAUUGUUGAAUAGUUGAAGGACUUACAAAUAAAAAGAGAAGAAUUUGAGAAAAAAUCAAAUGAUUAAGUUUAGUUAAUGGAAUAGAAUGUUGAUCUUAUUAAGGACUAAAGUGCUAAAUAAGAAAUUGUGGCUAGUGUUUUUUCUAAUUUUGAGAUUGUCUGUGAGGAAAAAUAUAGAACUUAUUUAUAAAUCAUAAUAAAUAUUAUACAAUUAUAAUGGAUGAAUAUAAAAAAAUAAAUAUAAUCAUUAAACUAAUUACUUGGAGAAGUUAAAAAAUUUUCAAGUCAAAUUGAUCUUAUUCAGAAAUAAAAAAAUGAGAUUCAAAAACAAUUGUAUAAAAGUUUUUAAAGUUAUUUCAAAAAUUUAAUAGAUAACUAUUAAUAAUUACAAUUUGCAUCAGAUAAUUUUAAUUAAAAUUAAGAUGAAACUCUUAAAGAAUACUUUGAAAGAAUUUCAAUUAUUUUAUUGUAAGUAAAAAACUCUAAUCUUGAUAAUGAUCCCCAAUAAAAAACAAAUAUUAUUCAUUUUCUUAUCAAGCUAAAGACUGAGAUAAAAGAAAAAAUGUUAGAGUCUAAUUCAAUAUUCUAAGAAAUAGCUUCUGGGCCAGAUAACCUAUUUCAGCAAAUAAAGAAACUUUAUCUUGAGGAAAAUUUAGAGGAAUAGGAUUAAGAUUUAGAAUCGCUUCAAUAAUCAGGGUUUUUUGAUACUUUAUUUCAAAAGUAUAAAGAUUUUAUAAAUAAUGAAGAAUGGAAAAUUAAAUAGUGUCUAGUUGUUACUAUAAUUUAGAUUUCAUCGAAUUGCAACACAGAUACAAUGAUGUAAUUUUGUUAAUAAGCUUUAAUAUAAUUAUGGGUUAAAGAAAAAGAUUAAAGAAUUAGAAAUUUAUUGAAAAAUUAACACUUAAUAAGUUUAUAGAUGUAAAUUUUGUAGAAAGAUUGGCAGACUUAACAUGAUAGAAUUGCAGGAGAAAUGCAAAAAAUGUUAAAAAGAAUUGAUGAAUUGUAAGAAUAAAUUUCUCGUGAGGCUAAUCUCAACAAACGUGACUAACAACUGAAAGAAAUCGAUGAAACAACUGAGCAAUUAGAUGAAUAUAUUCAAAAUAUCAGUGAAAUGGGAUAAUAACUUAAAUUGAUAACCGACUUUGUUAAUCAUAUCAGAAAGGGUUUGAUAAGAGUUGAGGGAAAAAUAAAUUAAAUGAAAGAGUAACUCAACAGCAUGGGGAAUGAUAUUAAAUUUUUGAGAGGAAAAUCGGUAAUAUAACUAUUUGAAAUUAGAAAAUGGAAAGUAUUGAAGGAAGCAGCAGAAAAAAAUGUUAAGUCUAUCUAUGUGCCAUUAAAAACCAAAGAGAAAGAUAAAAAUGA